AGAGACCGCUGGUACCGAGGAAAGACGGCGCAAGUACUGCCCUGCUCACGGAAAACUUUUUGUCUGGCCGAAACUCGGAUGAUUCUCAACAGCGGACAUUCACAGCUAACGACAAAGGACGUUUUGUUAUAAGGGGGAAACUUUUUAUUCCCUCUCAUUACUGUAAUUCUCGGUUUAAAGAAGCCGGUUUCUCGGAAGUUUUUGAAGGGAGUCCUUUGCGGAGGUUUGUGAUGCUGCUUCCCUGCGCACUCCACUUCUUGCUUUGCGCGCUGAGCUGCGCGUGGUGGCUGCACGGAGGAGCGGCCUCACGGCUCAAGUCUCCCUCUCUGCCCAUCCAGCCCGAGAGAGAACCGCUGCCCUUCAAAGGAACAUCAGGAUGCUCAUUUGGAGGUCGCUCUUAUCCCUUGGAGGAGAAGUGGCACCCAGACCUGGGGGAGCCCUUUGGCAUCAUGCACUGUGUCCAGUGCCACUGUGAACCUCAAAAGAGUCGCCGUGGUAAGGUGUCGGGAAAGGUAAACUGCAAAAACACAAAACAGGACUGUCCGACCCUGGACUGCGACAAUCCCGUCCAGCUGGCGGGGCACUGCUGCAAAACCUGUCUUCAAGGUGGUAAAAAACAGAUUGACUCUGUGCUGAACACCUUUGAAUAUUUCCGCCGAAAGAGCAAAGAGCGAGAGGAGGAACUCCAGAAGUCAUACAAUGAUAGAUCCUACCUGAGCUCUGAGGACGUGGGGCCUGGGGAGAGCCGCACAGACUUUGUAGCUGUGCUGACAGGACUGAAGGACUCGUGGCUGCCCAGCUCCAGUGGAGUUGCCAGAGUUCGCUUUACUCUGACCAGAAGCAGCCUGACCUUUUCCAUCACGUACCAGAGAAUGGGCCAUCCCACUAAGAUUGUCUUCCUGGACUCAGAUGGGACCCCUGCUUUCGAGUACAGAGUCCCCAAGGGAGACUCCGACAUGAUCUGUGGAGUAUGGAAGAACGUGGCUGAGCCUCUACUGCGACAGCUGCAGUCUGAGCAGAUGCACAUCAGCAUGUCCACGUCCACAGGCCAACGAGACGAAGUGGAGGGAAGGAUCAUCAAACACAGAGCACUGUUUGCUGAGACAUUCAGUUCAAUACUGACGUCAGAGGAAGAGAAUUCAGCCAUGGGAGGCAUUGCUAUGUUGACGCUGAGUGACACUGAGAACAACCUCCAUUUCAUCCUCAUCCUGCAGGGCCUCAUCCAACACAGAGAUAGAGACCCCAUUUUGGUGCCCGUCCGAGUCCAGCUGUUGUACCGGCAGCACAUCCUGAGAGAGAUCCGAGCCAACAUCACGUCUCAUGAUCCGGACUUUGCAGAGGUGCUGACAGAUCUGAACAGUCGUGAGCUGUUCUGGUUAUCUCGCGGUCAGCUGGAGAUCGCUGUGGCCGCCGAGGGUCAGGAUCCCAGGCAAAUCUCAGGUUUCAUCACAGGCAGAAAAUCUUGUGACACUAUUCAGAGUGUGAUGUCCAGCAGUGAUGCAUUGAUCCCGGGGAAGACGGGAGGUGUGGGAUCUGCUAUCUUCAACCUCCAUGAUAAUGGAACGCUGCAGUACCAGGUUCAGGUCACAGGGCUCACCAGCGAUGUCGUCAGCCUCACCAUUGAGUUGAAGCCACGUAGGAGAAACAAGCGCUCCAUCCUGUGCGAUUUAACGCCAGAGUUCAGCAAGGCCACGGGGCAGGCGAUAGGCAGCUGGAGCCGCCUGGAGGCCCGACACAUCCACAUGCUGCUGCAGAAUGAGCUCUUCAUCAAUGUCGCAACAGCACAGAGCCAGGAGGGGGAGCUGCGGGGGCAGAUCAAGGCACUCCCUUAUAGUGGCCUAGAGGCACCUAGACAUGAGUUGCCCACCCCUCUAGCUGGCCACUUUGUGUCCCCACCAGUAAGAACAGGUGCUUCUGGCCAUGCCUGGGUGUCAGUGGACAAAUACUGCCACCUGCAUUAUGAGAUACUUGUUGCAGGCCUCAGCCCAACUGACGACCUGACGGUGAACGCCCGCCUCCACGGACUGGCUGAGAUCGGAGAGCUAGAUGAUAGCACCCACAUGAGGCUGCUCACUGGCUUCUAUGGCUCAAAGGCUCAGGGAGUGUUAAAGGACAUCAGUGUUGAAUUACUGAAACAUCUGGACCAGGGAACAGCCUUCAUCCAGGUCAGCACCAAGCUCAACCCGAGAGGAGAAAUACGAGGACGGGUCCACGUGCCAAACAACUGCGAGUUUGGGACCAGGAGCGAGGCAGAGGAGGAGGAGGAGGAGUUGGAAGACUUUCUGUCAAAGGACCCCGAGGAGAUAAAAAAAGACCCCCAUACCUGCUUCUUUGAGAACCAGCACUACCCUCAUGGUUCCAGCUGGACGCCCAACUAUGACAAGUGCUUCUCCUGCAUCUGCCAGAAGCGAACAGUGAUCUGUGAUCCAGUCAUCUGCCCGGCGUUGACCUGCUCCAGAACCAUUAAACCGGAGGGCAAAUGCUGCCCCAUCUGUGAUGAGAGGAAGGAGCUCGAGGACGUGAAAGUUCCAGAGAGGGUUGAUGAACAUCCUGAAGGUUGUUACUUCGAAGGAGACCAGAAGAUGCAUGCCCCUGGGACCACAUGGCACCCCUUUGUUCCUCCUUUUGGCUACAUUAAAUGUGCCGUGUGCAGUUGCAAGGGAUCUACAGGAGAGGUUCACUGUGAGAAGGUGACAUGUCCAAUGCUGACCUGCAGUCACCCAGUGAGACGUCACCCCACCGACUGCUGCAAGGUGUGCCCCCAGGAGGAGAGGACCACUGCAGCCCUGGAGCACAGUGACAUGAUGCAAGCAGACAGCCCCAGAUACUGCAAAUUUGGCAAGAACUACUACCACAACAGCGACAGCUGGCAUCCCUGGGUGCCACUCUUCGGGGAGAUGAAGUGCAUCAACUGCUGGUGUGAUCAUGGUGUGACCAAGUGUCAGAGGAAACAAUGUCCACUACUGACUUGCACCGACAUCACCCGCACAGAGGGCUCCUGCUGCCCCAAAUGUCUCGGUGACAAAGAAGAAGAUGGCAUGGUGAUGAAGGCUUCAGACAAAAGACAAACCUGGAGACACCACUGAUCCCUGAGCCUCCCUUAUUCGUCCAAGACGGACAAAAAGCCAGAGCUGCUCUCUGAGGUCUUCCUUCCUCCUUCCCUCCCCUCCCCUGACACCCACCCUGUAUCAGCUUCAGGAUUGUAACGAGGCAAAGUGGACACAGCAGGCCUGUAAAAUGGAAAUAAAAGACUCAAUAAGUGAACUGCGGAGAAGACCCACCAGCAUUUACUUAUAUGCUGCCUUCAUUUUCGUGCCUUGAUCAUGUGUUGGAUUUUUAAUUGUAAUUUUUUUUUUGGAAGCAGUUCAACAAAAAAUGGACAAAUGGUGUAAACAGAUACCGCUGUUCAGUGUUCAGAAAUCCAGCUGGACUUUUAAAUGUUGGUAAUAUUGAGAGAGCUAGUUGUAUUUGACUGACAGAGCUUCUUUGUGAAGCACAGCUUAAAUCAGUGUGAAUGUGUGCGCGUGCAAGUGUUUCCUUUUUUUUUUUUUUUUUUACCUGUAAAGCAUAUAAAUAAUAAGCAAUACAAGAUGUACAAGACAGUGAAGUUGGCAGGGUUUGAAAAUUGCCUGCCACAGUCUGCUGCUUUCAUUGUUGUGGUUCCACCCGGUGUCGCUCACAGACGGAUCAGUGCCGCUCGACAGCAAGAGGUCUGAAACACCUCCAGUCGAUCUCAGCGCUUCUGUGCUCUGGUUCUUCUUCUUCCUGUUUUGAAUUUCAGUCAGAUCUCAUGAUGCCCGUUGUCUUUGUUGUUUAUGAAUAUGAAGCUUGUUUACAUUUUGUAUUUAUUGAACAGUGUGAAAAAAAAU